CCGCCCUACGACAGGAGAUAGAAAACGGACUGUCUGAGGGCCGGUGGAAGGAUGAAACAAGUGGAAGGAGAUGAAGCAAACAGGCACACAGUAACACCACCACUACACGCACCCCACCUCCCCGGCUUCAUUCCUCUCCCACUCCGCUCGAGCAUCCUCCUUUUCGCCUAACAAGACGAACGAUCAUUUCGCGGCGCGGCGCCGGAGCUUCAUGGCCGCGACACUCACGAUGAGCGGCGGAGGGCAAGAGGAUCCCUUUUAUCAGCUGCAGAAGGCGCCUCUCCCCGCUGCAUUCCCUCUGGAGGACUCGGCGUUGUUCGGCUUGGAUUGCAAGAUCACAGAAACGGACAAAGCCGGACAACAUGACUACACACAGGUAAAAUGUGAGAUGGACAGAUAUCUUUCCCCUCAGCCUCUUUCCCUUCCACCUACCACAGACAGCCAGCAGAAGUCACACAGAGACUGUGCAUCUGCGGUGGAUCUGUUCUUCACUGAUGAUCACACUGGGGCUCCCUACACGCUAAACAUGAAUCUGUACCUCCCCGAAGUCGCCUACCUUAGGAUGGGCCUGUGUCAGCAGGUGCGGGCCCCACAGCACCAGAACCACAUGGGUCUGACUCAAAUCAAAACAGAACCUGCCUCCCCGUGUUUCUCCCCCAACUUUCAGCAGCACUGCCCCAACACUUUGCCCACAAAUAGCUGCAGCACAUCUGGGCGCGCCCCCGGUGGUAUUGCUAUGGAAACCUCAGCCAUAAACAUGAUGUUAACAGGGUUACCGGACUUCACCAGUGUGUUCAACCAGUCGGGAGGCAGCCAAGGUGGCGAUUCAGUGCCAGACGUGUUUGUCAAACAGGAAAUUCCAUCACAGUUCGAGGCACAUGCUCUCCACCACCAUGACAAUGGGGGCUCACUGUUUCAGCUCCUUAACUCUGGCUUGGACCAUCCCCAUUGCAAUGGUAUGGAGCCUGAGCAUCAUCAGCAUUGUCAGCAGCAGCAGAUGCAACACACUUCCACUUCUACAAUCCAGACACCUUUCCAUGAUUUGCCGGUAGCGUCUUCUGCAUCUCAACAGGAGCAGACUGCCAAGCCUGCCUACUGUGGCCUAGGUGGGGAGGCAUACACACAUCCUCAUCCUCAGGCACACCCUCAUUUUCUCCAGCAGCAGGUGCCCUACCUGCCGCCUUCUCCACCGAGCUCGGAGCCCGGCAGCCCUGACAGACAGAAGGAGCUGCUCCACACCAUCUCGCCACCUCCCUCAUAUGCAGCGACCAUCGCUUCCAAGUUGGCAGGUAGUACCCCUGGACUCGGACCCAGCCCGGGACCAGGCAGCUUGGCCCUGCCCAUCACUACUGGCCCCACGCCUGUCCUAGGCCAAGCUGCAGUCCUUCCCCAAGCCCCUGCAAUAACCCCAGCCCCAACCCCAGCUCAGACCACUGUGCCUUCCCGCUACAGCCGGAGGAACAACCCUGACUUGGAGAAACGACGGAUCCACCACUGUGAUUACCCAGGCUGCAAGAAGGUCUACACCAAGUCAUCCCAUCUGAAGGCCCACCUCAGAACUCACACGGGUGAGAAGCCGUACAGGUGUACAUGGGACAGCUGUGACUGGCGCUUUGCACGCUCAGACGAGCUGACGCGCCAUUAUCGGAAGCACACAGGCGCCAAACCCUUCCAGUGUGUCGUCUGCUCACGCGCCUUUUCCCGAUCCGACCACCUCGCCCUGCACAUGAAGAGACACCAGAACUAGCAGCAUUUUAACACACAAAUGCACACACAAAGUCUACAAAAACACAAGCACUACCCUGACAUGUAAAUCACUGACUCUAUCUCCCACAACACCAAUGUUAUGAGCUGUCUGAUCUUUCAAUGACACCACAGCUCCUCCUGGUGCUGCCAUCAUGUGCUAAAAUAUUACGAUAGCCGAACAAUUGUGCUGAUCUUCACCGCAAGUGGGAUCAUUUGGAGGUUGUAACCUAGAAAGAUAAUGGCCAGAUGAACUUUCUGGUCAUUUAACCUCCAGAUACACUUAAAAUAGAUUUCUUUGGACAAAUAAAAAGAAGAUAAAAAAAAUGGUGCCUCCAAAAUCUGUCCCCAUUCCAUUUGGACUAUUUUGUGGGACUGGAAUGAAAGCACUUACCACUCAGAACUUGUACAUGCUUUUUCUCUGUUUUUAACAUAGAACUGGCUUCAAUUGUUUUUUGUAAAGGAGAAGCUUUUUAUUUGCAAAUCUAGUCAAACCAAAUCUUUGUUUACUCCGUGGUUUGUUAGUUUGUGUAUGUAACUGGAAUAGCCAGAUUCAAUUUUUUAACAAAUCACUUGAUUUGCACUAGAAUUGGUUUUCAAAGUCUGAGCCUUUUUGGCCCAAUGCAUCUCAUUCACCACUGGAACGAUCGUCAUAAUCACUACUGGACUGAAUCUCACAAAUCAUUACUGUUCAGAUAUUAAAAAUUAAAGGCAUUUAUACGCUGGAGAGAUGGAAGAUAGCGCAUGGAAAAAUACAAGGGAGGGGUUCAGAUGGAGAGAUAGAAAGAAUUUUAAGAUUUUAGAGAGAGGAGAUCUGAGGAGGAAUGAGAAAAUAGGAGAUGGAUGGUUGCUAAAGAGCAGCAAUUAGGCGUUGAAUUAUUCAGAUUGUGUUUGGAUGCAUUUCCAGCCAGAAAAAAAUCUAAGCAGAACCCAUAGACACGUCCUAGAGUUAAACUGAAUGGACUGUAUUUGAUGCACAAGCUUGAGUUAAGCAUUUUUUAAAUACAAUGACCAAGCGUAUCACAUUUGCUUCUUUCAAAUGUUUUAACCAAAGCAUAAUUUUCAUCGUCAGCACCUUAUGUAGUGCCUCCUCCUCUGUUUUAUGUUUUGUUCAGUGGUAGCAGAGCUGUGAUCAAUGAAGACAGUCCUUUAAACACACACGGUGCUGUUUUUAUUUUUAUAACUCAAUGAGGGUAAAAAGGAAACGUGUAUUAAACUACAAGGUUUACCCAUCAUUUACUGUAAUUUAACAGCUCAGGCCACUUCACACGGUUCUUUCUUUGAGGGUUUUCACUCUCUGACUCUGUACACGACUAACUCGCCAUGCAGCUCAGUCAGUCAAACGUGGACAUGUUCUGCUAAAGGAUAGGCACACAUUUUUUUUCCAAGAGGUUCUUAAAAAAAUACUGACAUGCUCAUAUGUACAUUGCAAAAGUCACUUUUCACUGCAAGUGUUUGUCUGGUCCAAACUGGCCAUAAAGAGUAGAAGAGUGUGAACUUUGUGAAUCAUCAGAAAGUGUCUAGUUGUUGACCCUUGGUGUAGAAUAACAAAGAGGGAAGGUUUGGAAGAAAUGUAAUUGAUUUUUGCAAAUAAAUUAUCCUUCAAUGUACAUAUGGGCAUGAAAAUCUUGUAAAAAUGUAAACCUAUCCUUGAAUAUAACUGUCAGUGUCCAUUUGUUGGUGUAGUUUAGCCUGAACACAUAACUGUAUUUGUUCAUUCACUGCAGGUAACAUUAAGAAAAUAUAGCACUGUAAUGUAUCAUGAUAAAUCUAUUUAUUUGAUUGUGUAGAAGUGGGGGUUGUAUCACAUCCACCAUCUUUCUCCCCAGCAAAAAAAUGCCUUAAUGUAAAUAUAUGCACUGUAAAUAACUUGAUUUAAUUAUUUUUUACUCUUUUUUAUUAUUUUGUAAACAAAAGGGCAAAAAGAGGAAAAUGCCCCACCUCCAAAAAUAUUUGAGCCUUUUUCUUUUGUUUCUUUUGUUUUUCUUGUCAAAGAUAUUUUGAUGCCAUUGUUUUAUAUCCUUCCAACAACUUAUUUUAUAAAAUCCUUUUUUCCCUGUAGUAAACGUUCCAAAGACAAAAGUUGUUUUUCUUCAACUGAGUGAAGUCGAUCCUAAUAAAGUCAACUGACACUUUUA